GCUCUAGGUAGUUUACUUGUGGCGGUUGUUAGGGAGACGGGCCUGGCCCUCCUCUCACUGUCAGGCCAUGGUCAAACAGACAAUUCAGAUCUACGCGAGGCUCCGGCCCACCAAGAAACCGAUUGCGCUUUACUCGUUAGCUGAAGAUGGUGGAGGUCCAGUGCUGGAGUUUGUUGUGCCACAUGAUGCAGCUGAUGGAUUUAUAAAUAACAAACGAGAAAGCUAUAAAUUUAAAUUCCAGAAAAUCUUUGAUCAAGGUGGAAAACAGGAGGAAAUUUUUGAAAGUAUUGCCAAGCCUGUGGCUGAAAAUGUCCUUGCAGGUUACAAUGGCACUAUUUUUGCUUAUGGGCAGACAGGCAGUGGGAAGACAUUCACUGUUACAGGAGGGGCUGAACGAUACAGUGACAGGGGUAUCAUUCCCAGGACACUCUCAUACAUGUUUGGGGAGUUUCAGAAGGACAGCGGCAAAGUCUACACAACCCACAUUUCCUACUUGGAAAUUUACAAUGAAUGUGGUUACGAUCUUCUUGAUCCACGUCAUGAUGCCUCCAAACUUGAAGACUUGCCUAAGGUGACCAUCAUGGAAGAUACUGACCAGCACAUUCACCUUAGGAAUCUCUCCCUUCACCAGGCGAACAAUGAGGAAGAAUCCCUCAACCUACUUUUCCUGGGAGAUACGAACCGAAUGAUUGCAGAGACACCUAUGAACCAGGCCUCAACUCGUUCCCACUGCAUUUUCACCAUUCAUGUUUCCAGUCGGGAACCAGGCUCUGCCACUAUCCGUCGGUCCAAAUUACACCUGGUGGACCUGGCUGGCUCAGAGCGUGUCACAAAGACUGGAGUAGGAGGACAGCUAUUGACAGAGGCUAAAUACAUUAACCUGUCCCUGACAUACUUGGAACAGGUUAUUAUUGCACUUGCAGAAAAGAAUCGUGCACACAUCCCUUAUCGAAACUCAAUGAUGACAUCUGUUCUGAGGGAUAGCCUGGGAGGAAACUGUAUGACAACUAUGGUCGCAACAUUAUCUGUGGAUAAGAGGAACUUGGAGGAAUCUAUUUCAACAUGCAGAUUUGCACAGAGAGUUGCACUUAUCAAGAAUGAAGCUAUUCUAAAUGAAGAAAUUGAUCCUAGAUUGAUGAUUCUUCGCUUAAAGAAGGAAAUCCAACAGCUAAAAGAUGAGCUGGCUAUGGUUACUGGACAGACAAGGACUGAUAACCUCUCGCAGGAAGAAACACAGAAGUUGGAAGAGCAGCUCAAUAUUUUUCUGGAGGAUACUGACCCUGAGGCCUCACUUGAAGUUGGAGCUGACAUGAGGAAGAUUCAGCACUGCUUCCAUCGAUUAAAGUGUUUAGUAAAAGAGCUGAAACAGUUUAGACCUGGUCUUCAGAGAGAAAAUGGACUCUCGCCCCCUGAUCCCCAUGGAGAAGAUAUCAUGGAUACAGAGGUGAAAUUAAGAGAAAUCGUGCAGCAACGAGAUAAUGAAAUCAAUAUUCUAGUGAACAUGUUAAAGAAAGAGAAGAAGAGGGCACAGGAUGCCAUCAACCAAAUAAACUCAGACAACUGUAGGAAAAUACCUCCCUCUAGUGCCCAGUGUUCAAAGGAAUUCAACUCAAGGCAGGGAUCAAGACAGUUUUCUGAAUCAGGAAUUUCUAGCAACAUAAGCUCCUCAGGAUCUGAGUCUACCUUCAGUUGCAGGAGAUUGGCAGGGGAAAUGUCACUUGGACGUCAGGAGGCUUUUGAGAUCUUCAGGAGGGACUAUGCUGACAGCAUGACUAUUGAAGACAACAAACAGCUUCUGAAGCAGAGGUUCACUGAAGCAAAAUCACUUGGCGAAAAAGUGAAUCAGUCCAGGAAUAAGAUUAGUGAGUACCCACAUCAUGUUCAAAUAGUAUAA